GCAAUAUUGAAGUUCGCAACUUCUGCUUCGCGACGUGAACAGCACUAACCUCAGGAACAUCCCACCUCCAUUUCACCGACAUACAAAAUGGCUGACGCUCCUGCUCCCGCUCGCGGUGGAUUCGGAUCUCGUGGAGACCGUGGUGGUGACCGUGGCCGUGGUCGCGGCCGUGGACGUGGCCGUCGUGGCGGCAAGUCCGAGGAGAAGGAAUGGCAGCCCGUCACUAAGCUCGGCCGUCUCGUAAAGGCCGGCAAGAUCAAGAGCAUGGAGGAGAUCUACCUCCACUCUCUCCCCAUCAAGGAGUACCAGAUCGUCGACUUCUUCCUCCCCAAGCUCAAGGACGAGGUCAUGAAGAUCAAGCCCGUCCAGAAGCAGACCCGUGCCGGUCAGCGUACCCGCUUCAAGGCCAUCGUCGUUAUCGGUGACUCCGAGGGUCACAUCGGUCUCGGCAUCAAGACCUCCAAGGAAGUCGCGACCGCCAUCCGCGCUGCCAUCAUCAUUGCCAAGCUCGCCGUCGUCCCCAUCCGCCGUGGAUACUGGGGUACCAACCUUGGUGAGCCUCACUCGCUCCCCACCAAGGAGUCCGGCAAGUGCGGUUCCGUCACCGUCCGUCUCAUUCCCGCUCCCCGUGGUACCGGCCUCGUUGCCUCGCCCGCUGUCAAGCGUCUCUUGCAGUUGGCUGGUGUCCAGGAUGCCUACACCGCAUCCACUGGUUCCACCAAGACCCUUGAGAACACACUGAAGGCCACCUUCGUCGCUGUUGCCAACACAUACGGAUUCCUUACCCCCGACCUGUGGCGCCACACCGCGCUCACAAGGUCUCCUCUCGAGGAGUACAGCGACAUCCUCCGUGAGGGCAAGAAGUACUAA